AUGUCUUGGAUACGCGACAACUCUAUGACAUGGAUGCAACGCUGUUGCGCCCAAGUCCUAACGUACGGAGAGAUACCGAAACAUGUAGCAUUUAUAAUGGACGGUAAUAGACGUUAUGCCAAGAAAAAGUGUGUCGCCAAGCAAGAAGGACACGUACGAGGGUUUGACAAAUUAGCUGAAACCUUGCAGUGGUGCUUGCAUUUAGGUAUAAAAGAAGUUACUGUGUAUGCGUUCAGUUUAGAUAACUUCAAGCGAACACAAGAAGAAAUCGAUGCAUUAUUUGAUCUUGCCAGAGAAAAAUUUAAAAGACUUUUGGAAGAAAAAGAUAAAUUGAAUGAGCAUGGUGUGUGUAUUAAUGUUAUUGGUAACAUUAAAAAACUACCAGAGGAUUUGGUUAAGUUAAUAGCAGAGUCAAUGUUUAUAACAAAACAAAACAACAAGACAUUUUUAAAUGUUGCAUUUUCUUAUACUGGACAUGAUGAAUUAAUAAAUGCAUUUAGUAAAAUAUCUAAUGGUAUUAAAAAUAAUGAUUUAGAGGAAUCAGAUUUAUCAGUAGAAAUAUUGGACAAUUGUAUGUACACCUAUCCGUCCCCACCACCUGAUUUAUUAAUACGCACAUCUGGUGAGACUAGACUGAGUGAUUUCAUGUUAUGGCAGUGUUCUUACAGCUACAUUUAUUUUACAUCAGUCUUAUGGCCAGAAUUUACUGCGUGGGACUUUAUGAUUGCUAUUUUCAUGUACCAAAGAAAUGUUAGAGCAUGUAUGCGUUAUAAAUUACCACCUAAGAGGUUGAGUUCAAGGGCUGAAAAAUUUGUUGAAAAUGUACAGCAGAACCGGUUAAAUAGUCUUUAUACAAUUGCGUGA